AACGAAGGAGUUGAAUGUGCCUUCCUUUUUGCACACCACCCAUUAUUGGGAUCGACCACUCUGUGUUCUGUAGUCUUCCACAUCAGCAACAAACGCUUGGAAAGCCCAUAUAUUUACAGAAUAACGUGUUUUGAAUAUUCGAAAGCUUCGUGUUUCUUCUCGUGUGUUACCCUCUGAGGAUGAUGCACUGUCGGCGAGUUCCUCGAAGCUAUGGCUUUGUCUUUUUCUUUGUUGCGGUGCACUACGUACACGGUGACCUGAGCUAUUCGGUGCAGGAGGAGCUGAAACACGGAUCUGUUAUUGGAAAUAUCGCGAAAGAUCUGGAACUGGAUCUCGGCAGAUUGUCUGCUCGUAAAGCUCGUGUUGACAUGGAAGGAAGCGACAGACAGUAUUGUGGGAUUAAUCUGAGGAGCGGAGAUCUUUUCGUUGCGGAGAGAAUCGACAGAGAGGAGCAUUGUGGAGAGAAACCUUCGUGUGUUCUCAAAUUCGAUCUACUGUUAGAAAAUCCACUGGAGCUUCACCGUUUGUCUCUGCAGGUGCAGGACAUAAACGACAAUGCACCGAUAUUUCCGAAGGACCUUGUAAAGCUGGAAAUUACAGAAUCAGCUGCCAAAGGAGCUCGAUAUCGUAUUAAUCCUGCGAAUGAUGCAGACAUAGGCCAGAAUUCAGUUCAGAGCUACGUUUUGCAACAAAAUCCCCACUUUGUGUUCAGUAUUCAGACGACAAAUGCAGGCCGUAAAUAUGGUGAGCUGGUUUUGGAUAAGGAGUUAGACCGAGAGGACCAACAGGAAAUGAAAUUAUUGCUGACAGCUGUAGAUGGUGGAUCUCCUCAGAGAUCAGGGACUGUAGUCAUACGUGUCGUUGUGCUGGAUGCUAAUGAUAACGCCCCUGUGUUUAGUGAGGCUUUAUAUACAGCCAGUUUAGCAGAAAACUCCCCUUUGAAAACUCCAGUUGUCACAGUAAGUGCAUCAGAUGCAGACGAAGGUGUUAAUGGAGAAGUUACAUAUGAAUUCAGCCGAAUCUCUGAUAAAUCACGACAACUUUUUGCACUUGAUCCGACAACUGGAGAAAUCUCUGUGACAGGUGACAUAGAUUAUGAAGAGGGAUCAAAAUAUGAAGUUUUUGUUGAGUCCAAAGAUGGUUACGGCCUGUCUUCAGAAGUAAAAGUGAUAAUUGAUAUCACUGAUGUAAAUGACAAUGCUCCAGUGAUAUAUCUAAAAUCUCUGACUAAUCCCAUACCUGAGAACGUGUCACCUGGCACAGAGGUGGGCAUCAUUAACGUUCAGGACAGAGACUCUGAGAAAAACCGGCAGGUCCAUUGCUCCAUUCAGCAAAAUGUUCCUUUUAAAUUAGUUCCUUCUAUCAAAAACUAUUAUUCUCUGGUGAGCACAGGACAACUGGACCGUGAAUUGGUGUCUGAUUACAACAUUACAAUCAGUGCCACUGACGAGGGCUCUCCUCCUCUGUCCUCGUCUAAAAUUGUUCAGUUAUCUGUAGCUGACAUCAACGACAACCCACCUGUGUUUGAGGAACAGUCGUACAGCGCAUAUGUGAGUGAGAACAACAAACCUGGCUCCACUUUAUGUUCCGUCAGUGCUCGAGACCCCGACUGGAGACAGAACGGUACCGUGAUUUAUUCUCUGUUAUCUGGUGAGGUGAACGGUGCCCCGGUGUCCUCGUAUGUGUCUGUGAACGGAGACACGGGUGUGAUCCACGCUGUGAGGUCGUUUGAUUAUGAACAGUUUCGGAGCUUGAAAGUGCAGGUGAUGGCGAGAGACAACGGUUCUCCUCCUCUGAGCAGCAACGUGACCGUGAGUGUGUUCAUCUCGGAUGUGAAUGACAACUCUCCUCAGAUUCUGUAUCCCGCCCCGGAGGGCAACUCUUUCAUGACCGAGCUUGUCCCCAAAGCUGCUCACGGAGGCUCUCUGGUGUCCAAAGUGAUCGCGGUGGACGCGGACUCCGGUCAGAACGCCUGGCUGUCAUAUCAUAUCGUGAAAUCCACUGAUCCGGGACUUUUCAGUAUUGGUGUCCACAGCGGAGAGAUCAGGACACAGCGGGACAUUUCUGAAUCUGACAGCAUGAAACAGAAUGUGAUUGUGUCAGUGAAAGACAACGGACAGCCCUCUCUGUCAGCCACCUGCUCCAUGUAUUUGCUGAUUUCUGACAACUUGGCUGAGGUGCCAGAACUGAAAGAUAUUUCUUAUGAUGAGAAGAAUUCCAAGCUGACCUCUUAUCUGAUUAUUGCACUGGUGUCUGUGUCCACCUUCUUCCUGACCUUCAUUAUCAUCAUCCUGGGUGUGAGAUUUUGUCGCAGGAGAAAGCCCAGACUGUUGUUUGAUGGAGCAGUUGCCAUCCCCAGUGCUUAUCUCCCUCCUAAUUACGCAGAUGUUGACGGCACAGGAACUUUACGCAGCACUUACAAUUAUGAUGCCUACCUGACAACAGGUUCUCGGACCAGCGACUUCAAGUUUGUGACUUCUUACAAUGACAACACUCUGCCUGCAGACGAGACUCUGAGGAAGAGUCCAUCAGACUUUGUUGAUGCUUUUGGAGAAUUUGACAGUUCUCCUGAGGUAGGGACAUAUCUUGCAUCAUUAAUAUCCAAUUUGCAAUUUGACUGACGGCAUCACCCUAAU